AUGAAUUUCCGGACACCCGGUAGUAUAGCAGCGAUCGGGUGCUACUUUGGCUCACGGUUGUUUGUUUCGGGGUUAAAAAACAGACAGCGACGUAAGGUCGAAAAUAUCAUUAGUAAACGUUUAUCAUUAAAAACAUUGAUUAGUUCUCAAAAUGAAAAAAAUGAAAUAAUAAAAGAAAAUGUUCUGGAACUGAGAAAUAAACUUGAAUCAUUGCAAACAUUCUAUUAUAAAUUGAAUGAUGAUCAAGAGAUUUUAAGUCAAACUAUGUAUAAAUAUAUCAAAGAUUAUGAACAUAAUUUAGAUUUACAGCAACAAAAAAAUGUGAGUGACGAAGAACAAGUAUCACUAACAUUCACUGAAUACGAUAAUCAAGAUAAUUCAUCAUUAGUGACGGAGAUGGAUAAAUCUCACUAUGAAAAGGAACAAAAUCAACAAGCAGGCGAUGCAAGUAGAGAUAUUAUUUUACAAAAGUUGAUUAUACCAAUGAACAAAUCGUCCAUAGUAUCCAUAAACAAUAUUUCAAAUGAUUUAAUAGAAACAGUGAGAAGAAAACAACGAUAUAUAUUAGGAAAAAUGUUCAAAAAAAGACAAAAUAUAUCAGAACAAUUUAAGAUCAAUCGGUAA